UUGUUAGGGGUCCACAAGUGCACUGAAUGUCGUUUUAGGCAGAGUGGAUUGUAGGAUAUACUAUAGAGCCUAUAAUGCUUAGCUUGUAGUCUGACUUUAAAUGUUUAUGGUGGGUUUAGAAUUGGAUUAGAAAAUUAAUAGGGUUUCAUGGAUAGGGUGGUGAUGACAAUGAUGACAAUAACGGCGAUGAUGAUGCUGAUGAUGAUGUACCGGGGUCUCAAAUUAGCCAGCCUAUAGUUGUAGUCGCUGAACUAAUGUGCCUAAAAGAGUAAGAUAUUUUACCAUCCCAUGUCGAGAUGGGUGCUCUACGGUAUAGAUCCUUUUGCGUCGGUGCUAUUUUGACUUCUGUGAUGUGGAUGGUGAUACUGUACCUGUACACAGACAUCGCCAAUGACUUGAAAAGGAAUCUCAACUUCCUGCCAAAUGAGGGCUUUAUUACAAUCCGGCCAAAAUUGUUGCCAAGAUAUGACAGGGAUUUCAAGCAUUUUCACAAAGAUGACUCCGAGAAUGAAUUGUUACCUGCAGGGAUUGACAAGCACCUCGGGGUAGCUGGCCGAGUAGCCGACCUUUCUGGCAGCCGCGUCGCUGAAAAGGAAACUGGCAACGUGGAUCAAGUUAAAACAGUUUACCGCAACAAAACGCUGGUGAAUCAGGACACAUACUCUGAGAGUGAGAGUGAUAUAGGAUUGAUCCGAUCGCAGGAAGAUCAGGAGAAAAGAGAAAUGGGAUUCAAGCUGUUUGCCUUCAACGAUCUCGUUAGCCAAAGGAUCGGUAACAUCAGAGAGAUACCGGACACACGGCAGACACUCUGCAGGCAGAAGACAUACACGAAGGCUCUUCCGGCAGCUAGUGUGAUCGUCUGCUUCUACAACGAGGCGAUGUCUACGCUGCUGCGGACAGUACACACGGUGCUGCGGCGCACUCCGGCACACCUGCUACGCGAGGUGAUCCUUGUUGAUGACAACAGCGAUCUGGAACAUCUGAAAGCAGAUCUGGAGCAACAUAUAUCACGUCUCCCUAAAGUGAAGUUAAUGAGGACAGGAAAGCGAGAGGGACUGAUUAGGGCCAGGAUAUUUGGUGCAGAUCAUGCAUUGGGAGAGGUGCUUGUAUUUCUGGACAGUCAUGUAGAGGUGAACAAGGACUGGCUCCAGCCACUGCUCGACCCAAUCGCUGCCAACAGUUCUGUUGUCACUAUACCCAUAAUAGACAUAAUAGAUAUGGAUACGUUUAAGUAUAUGUCAUCACCGCUGGUACGUGGCGGCUUCAACUGGGGCAUGAACUUUGCAUGGAAUCAGAUCCCACUGUCGUACUUCAAACGAGAGGAAGAUAAGUCCAAUCCAAUUAGAUCCCCAACAAUGGCAGGAGGGUUGUUUGCAAUCAACAAACAGUACUUUUUUGACAUGGGCAAGUAUGAUCCAGGCAUGGACAUCUGGGGAGGCGAAAAUCUUGAACUGUCAUUUAGGGUAUGGCAGUGUGGAGGCUCCUUGUACAUCAUCCCUUGCUCUAGAGUGGGCCAUGUCUUCCGCAAGCGCCGACCGUACGGAUCACCAGAUGGCCGCGACACAGCCGGCUUCAAUGCUCUGCGUGUCGCACAUGUCUGGAUGGAUGAUUACAAGGAGUACUACUUUAAAAUUCGUCCAGACCAAAAGAAUGCUAGUUAUGGUGACAUCUCUGAGCGCUUAGCAUUGAGAAAGCAACUCGACUGUAAAUCCUUCAAGUGGUAUCUGGAAAACAUAUACCCUGAACUGUCACUGCCUAGCACUCAAGCCCGCAAUGCUAACCACGUGAACUCUAGGCAGGAAUAUGCUUGGCGUAAGCCAAUCAAGAAGAUAGGACAGACACAGAUCAUGCACAAGGCAAGUGGGAAGUGCGUCCAGGCAAAGGAGGGCAUGUACAAGAAGUCAUCUUCCUUGGUGUUAGGUGCUUGUGACUCCAACGAUCAGAAAAAUCUGUGGACAGUUACGGUUCAGCACGAGCUGUUGCUGGGAGGCCUGCUGUGUAUGGACGCAGACAAAUAUCCACGUAUAAUGAAGUGCACCACUCUUGGCGGGACCCAACAAUGGCAGCCAGCUGGCAAGUUCGGAGAUAGACUGUACAAUCCAGCAACGGGUAAGUGCCUAGCAGCAGGAGGUUCCUCGUUGAAGAGUUCUGUCAUCAUGGGAAUCUGCAGUGACGACAAUCCCAGCCAGAAGUGGUUGCUCACUGUGAAGCUGCCACCGACAUAGCUUCCUCUCUACAGACGUGUCCACUUCUGAUCUCACAAUAGUCACUCCAUUUUCUAUAUAUGUUGUCCGGCAACCUGACCAGUAUUAGUCUAGUAGCUGUAUAGACAGCAACGGCCCUUUUUUUUACAGAUUGCAUGCACUACGGGUAAAAUGUUUGGAUAUUUUCCCCAAGGUGAUAGUUGGAGGGUAUUCACACUCACUAGUUCUACGAAAUGCGAGUUUCGUUAUUUCUCAACUGUAAUAACUUAAUUGCAGCCACUGUUGAUUAGACUUGUUUCGUAUACGACUAUGUCGUUAAAAUAUUCAAAAACGUUAUUUGGUAUAUUAUAUUCACUUUGUGUAUUAAAAAUAGGACCAAGUAUGAAGUUUGGGAGCAGUUCGCAUUGUUUUGAGGUACGGGGAUGAUUCCAUGGGUAACCAGAGGAAGGGGAUAUAUGGUUACCUAUUGUAGGUAAACGUUGAUAUUAUACUCUGUAACCUUUGCAACUGCCACUUUGUUAAACUGAAUUGUUCCAAUUUCCCAGACGCUUCUAGUAGCAUGGUUAUUAGUUUCAUAUGUCAGUUGCACAAGACAAAAUUUUGAACUCUUGACUGCUAGACAAUUCUUGGAUUUCAGGAGAGCUCGGUAAGAAUAUGUAUAGAGACUACCAAUACUGCACAUGCUGUAGCCACUUCUAAUGCCAGUGCCAACUCUAGAAACAGCUGGUGCUGAGAACACGGACAAUACCUAGCAAAUAAGUUUGCACUUAUUUACCAAAGCAGCUCGGCAUAGAUAUAGUGUUUGAUGAUCUACCAUGAACUGUAUACCAGGUAUAGGUCAACCUUAUAGUAAGUAGAUCAUGACAACCUAGUUUGCCAUGAGACGUUGUUCUUCUUACUGUCAAUGUGAUCUCUCCAGGUUGUCAAGGCCAAGCAGGUGUGGUAACGGUUGUUAUGAGAAUGUCGUCUUUUCUACCACAACGGUUAAUAUUGAGUUAGGAAAUUCUCUAGUCAGCUCAUGUUGCAUAAGGAUGUUAUCUCUGAUGUACUUACAGCUAGUAGGCCUCAAAAACAUACUUUUUAUAACCUGGGUCAGAAGGUUAUAGCAACACAUCUCAAGAACAAACGAGUUCAGUUUACUCCUAGCAUGCUGCCAGCUAGGGGCAAAGUAAAAUCAUUCAAUUUUUAGAAUGCGUUCUGAUUUUAACAAGCCCUAUACACAUGCUGUAUACCGUAUAUGCUAUACUGGUUAUAACACUUAAAUAAUUGUAUAUAAUAGUGGGUAUUAUAAGGUAUAAUAUAGAAUUACUAGAUACAUUCCUGGACUAGAUGUGUUACUAAUAUUCUUACCAUGUUAUUGUCAUGUCAAAUGCACAGCAUGUUCUUGGGAAUUUGCAAGUUCCAUGAUUAGCUUCAUUAUGCUUUUCCUUUUACAAUGUGCAUGUUCUCAUUUUUCAGGUGCUACUAUUUAAGACUUUCAAUGCAUUCUUAAAUCCUUGUGCAUAAUCUCACAUCUGUUGUGUGCAUUCAAAGAAUAUAUGAUAUUUGUAUGACA